AUGGCACAAAUGUCUGCGUCUUUCGGGUCCAACCACCAUGGUCUCCAGGUAGGGUACAAUUAUGGGUCGAUCGAGUUCCCCCCGCCGGAAAGACGGGAAACGCCGCCGAUUCCCUUCGCGACCAUCCCCUUCUCCCGCGACCCCGAUUUCGUCAACCGUGGAGACAUUCUCGAUCAAAUCGACGAGCGCUGUUCCGAGCUGGCCGGCCGUGUGGCCCUCGUGGGCCUGGGCGGUGUCGGCAAAUCGCAGUUGGCCAUUGAAUAUGCGCAUCGGAUCGCCGCGGGGCAUCUUGACAGAUGGGUAUUUUGGGUCCACGCCGGCACGCAGGCGCGUGUCGAAGAGGGUUUCAGAAAGAUUGCCGACAACAGUCGAAACGGGUCGAUCAUCAUCACAACACGCAAUAAGGACCUGGCUUCCAGGCUGACCGGACGCCGCCAAAACAUCAUCGAGGUCGGACCGAUGGUGCAGAUGGACGCCCUAACGCUCCUGGAGAGGAAGCUGGGAUCAAUCCUGAAUACCGAUGCGGCAGCCAAGCUUGUACGCGCGCUCGACUUUAUUCCGCUAGCCAUCAGCCAGGCUGCCGCCUACAUACAGGCAAGGGCACCGCGAAGCUCUCUCGAGAAGUACCUUUCUGAGUGCCAGGAGUCUGAGCGCAAAAGGAGCAGGCUUUUAGAGCAUGAUGCUGGAGACCUACGUCGGGAUGGAGGCGCGUCGAACGCGAUUCUCACGACAUGGCAGAUAUCUUUUGACCAUAUUCGGUCCGAGCGGCCUUCUGCGGCGGAUCUCCUUUCGCUUAUGAGCUUCUUUGAUCGACAAGGCAUUCCGGAGUCGCUCCUCAAGUCCUCUAAGCAGACCAAAACCGCAACUCGAGCAAGUGGUUCCGAAGAUGCAGAAGACUCAGGGAAUCCGACAGCAGCGAUGACGAGAUGGACGGUCGGUUCGAAGACGAUGUGGCAAUAUUACGGGACUACGACUCUUAUCGUCGUGAAUGAGGCGGGGGACCAGUUUGAGAUGCAUGGGCUCGUGCAGCUGUCGAUGAGGAAGUGGCUGGAAACGUUUCGGCCAGCAGGAGACGUUCAAGCAGCAGUUCAUCGAGCAAAUGGCAGCGUCAUUCCCGACAGGGGAAUGCUAGGCAAGGCGAGAAAUGUUCGCAAGAAAAAGUUGGGUGCAGAGAAUAUGGCGACUCUUGCAAGUAUAUCACUAUUUGCUCUGGUCCAAAUGGACCGCGGCCAGUGGGAGGAGGCCGAGAAGCUGUUUGUGCAGGUGAUGGAGACGAGCAAGACCAAGCUCGGGGCCGACCACCCAGACACGCUGACGAGCAUGGCCAACCUGGCAUCGACAUUUUGGAACCAGGGCCGGUGGGAGGAGGCCGAGAAGCUGUUUGUGCAGGUGAUGGAGACGAGCAAGACCAAGCUCGGGGCCGACCACCCAGACACGCUGACGAGCAUGGCCAACCUGGCAUCGACAUACAGGAACCAGGGCCGGUGGGAGGAGGCCGAGAAGCUGGACGUACAGGUGAUGGAGACUCGCAAGACUAAGCUCGGGGCCGACCACCCUUCCACGCUGACGAGCAUGGCAAACCUGGCAUCGACAUUUUGGAACCAGGGCCAGUGGGAGGAGGCCGAGAAGCUGGAGGUGCAGGUGAUGGAGACGAGCAAGACCAAGCUCGGGGCCGACCACCCAGACACGCUGACGAGCAUGGCCAACCUGGCAUCGACAUACAGGAACCAGGGCCGGUGGGAGGAGGCCGAGAAGCUGGACGUGCAGGUGAUGGAGACGAGCAAAACCAAGCUCGGGGCCGACCACCCAGACACGCUGACGAGCAUGAACAACCUUGCGUUUACUUGGAAAGGUCGAAGGUACCUUCGUACCUAUGCUCCUGGAUCGUCUUAUCUAUCUAACGAUCCUGUUCUGACUGGUUACUCUGGGAUGCGUCCCCUUGCGAGAGCUGAUGUGUCAGUACCCUCCUGGGAGCUCCUCGCUUUGAGGUGUUCUGUCAAGCUCUCUCCCGAGGAGGUUGACAGCUUUGCUGAUGCGCUUCGCAUCUAUCCCACCAAGACCCAGGUCGUCGAGUACAACCACCAACACAUGCUUGGCCUGGACAGCCCCGCCAUUCAGGUCGAGGCAGAGCACGAGGGUGUUGGUGCGGAGAAGGUUAAAUCCUCAAAUGCCGGCAACUUGGCCAAGCGCUUGCCCUUGUGUGUUGGUUGCAGGGUGAUGCUAACGCGGAACUUGUGGGCGGACGUCGGGCUCGUCAACGGUGCGCAAGGCACAGUCUACGACAUAUCCUGGAAAGAAGAUGCUGACGUGCUGCGAGACCCGCCCGAGGUCAUCAUGGUGGCCUUCGACGACUACGACGGCCCCGCCUUCACGAUGCCGAACGGGGAGCCGCUCCGCAGUGGAGAGAAGCUGGUUGUUCCCAUCCUCCGAGUGCGGCAGGACUUCAUGGUCGGCGCCAACUCAUGUUCAAGAGAGCAGUUCCCGCUGUUGGUCAGCUAUGCGAUCACCGUCCACAAGUCACAGGGCAUCACUCUCGACAAGGUUGUCUGCGAUAUCUCUGCGCCGGAGUUCGCUUCUGGUCUCUCCUACGUGGCCGUUUCCCGGGUGAAGACACUGGGUGGGCUAAUGUUUGAGAAGCCCUUCGACCGCAACAGGAUCUAUCACGAGACACCAUCACGAGCUAUGGGGUUAAAAUUGUCCGAUCACGCUAUCAGACAACUGCAGGCGUUAGAUGCUGUGGCGGGGAAGGAUCCCUCAGAGGAGUCAAUAGGUAUAUAA